UGCUUGUUGGGGCGGCGGCAGCUGCGGCGCGGCGCCUCGUGUUUCACCCACUGCCACCAGUUGCCAGGAAUUGCCAGUGCCUGCCGGUUGCCCUUUUCAGUCGCUUUGUUGACGAUCUGACAGAGAACGUCAGUGAAGACUGAAGACUGAAGAUGAUGAGUUCGAUGAGUGUCCGUCCGCCGUCCACUGAGGAGGUGAGGGCGGCUCUGGAGAAACGAAUAGGACCGAAUACGGGAUACGUACUAUCACAAGUGCACGGGCAAAGGAAGCUCUUCAACCCCCUGUGGAAGGAGGAAUUUCAACCCCGAGAGGGCUCAGAAGUCUUCGUUGGAAGACUCCCUAGAGACCUGUAUGAAGAUGAGCUGGCGCCGCCCUUCUUGGAAGUGGGGCCGAUUUAUGAGAUACGUCUAAUGAUGAACUUUAGCGGAACGAACCGCGGGUUCGCUUUCGUAUCUUAUUUCAACCCUGAGACUGCUCAACGGGCGGUGGAAAGACUCAAUAAUUUCCAAAUUAGGAAAGGGCAAUUGAUAGGAGUCUUGCCUAGCGUGAACAACAGGCGACUCUUUAUUGGAGGGCUGAUGGCCUCAGCAGGCCUUGAAAAUUUCCUCCGCUCAUGGCUCCAUCAAGUCACUGAAGGGGUCCAAACCAUUAAGGUGUUUCCCCCAGGGAGAAGAACCCACCUUGAGGAGGCCUAUGUGCCCUACAGAUAUGCUGUUGUAACGUACACCUCUCACAGGCAAGCCGCCAUGGCCAGGAGGUCCUUGAUUCCAAUCAAGAAUGAAGUCUUCGGCCCUCAAGUAGUUAUCGACUGGGCUGAUCCCAAUCGCAUGGAGGCAUCAAGAGGUCAUCAGAAUGCCUAGUGUAAUUUUAAUGAAGUCCCAAUCUAGAUGUAUUUUUAUGUUUUUACCAUGCUUCCUGUAGCACCUAGUUUUUAUCAUAUACUUUUACAAAGGAUAGCCUUGAGGUAGGACAAUUAGAUGAACCAUUAACUUCAAUAUUUUAUUGUUUAUACCUAAACUUACAUUAUCACAGUUUGAAUCACUUUUAUAUUAAUUACAAUAUAAUGCUAUUUUUUUUCCAAAUAAACAGCUAUGUACUUA